AUGAAGCAGCAUCUUGCAGGUAUUUUAGGAAAUAUAAUUUCUUGCAAGAAGGUUCCACGUGAUGUUUGCCAUAGAAUGGUUCAAUCUCUAAAAGAAGUGUCAUUGGCAAAUAAGAGAAAGCUUGAUGAUCCAGACAUGCUUCAAGAGUUUGUUGAUAACUCAGAAUGUGAAAAAAAGUGUCAACUACUUAUUGAAAGCCAUCGAGCCACUUGGAAAGAAAGUGGCUGCACACUCAUGGCUGAUGGCUGGACCGACAAAAGGCUACGAAUAUUAAUAAAUUUUUUGGUUUAUUCUCCUGUUAGCUUGGUUUUUGUAAAGUCUGUUGAUGCUUCACAUAUAAUUAAGGAUGCCAAGAAUUUGUUUUCUUUGUUUUGUGAAGUUAUUGAGUGGGUCGGUCCUACAAAUAUAGUGUAUGUUGUGACUGAUAAUGCAGCAAAUUAUAUAGCUGCUGGCAGGUUGAUUCGUGAAAAAUAUAAUCAUAUCUAUUGGUCACCUUGUGCUGCUCACUGUUUGAAUCUUAUUUUGAAGGACAUUGCAAGCAUGCCCUAUGUAGCUGACCUUGCAACAAAGGCAUCAAAAAUUACUGUUUUUGUGUACAAUCAUGUGGCUUUUCUUUCAUGGCUUAGGAGAAGAGAUGGCUGGAUAGAAAUUGUGCGCCCAGUAGCGAUCAGGUUUGCUACUACCUUUAUUACAUUGAAAAGUUUGCAUGAGCACAAACAUGGCUUGCAAGCCUUGGUCUUAGAUAAACACUUCCAUGAUAAUAAACUAUCAAGGACUAAAGCUGGGCAACUAGUUGGUGACAUUGUGUUGGACAAGAAGUUUUGGGAUGAUUGCCAUCAAAUUGUAUGUCUUAUGGGUCCUCUUAUCAAGCUAGUAAGAAUUGUAGAUGCUGAUGAAAAACCAUCUUUGGGUUAUGUUUAUGAGGGUAUGCAGAGAGCAAAGAAUUCAAUUAAAAAUUUCUUUCGCAGAAAGAAGGAACAAUAUAAACCUUACACAAGCAUAAUUCAAGCUCGGUGGGAUAAGCAUUUGAAGUAUGAUUUGCAUGCAGCAACCUACUUUUUAAAUCCUGCAUUCAUAUAUGAUCAAGGAUUUAUUGAGAAGAGUAGAGUGACAGAAUCAAUGUUGGACUAUUUUUCAAUAUACAAGUCUACCUAUAAAUAUUCUGACAUGAUUUCUGAGAUGCAAAUGUACCGCAAGCACCAAGGCUCUUUUAGUCGAGAAAAAGCUCAUAAAGUAGCAAAUGAAAUACAACCUGGAUGUGAAAGAAAUUGGAGCCUAUUUGAAAGAAUUCAUACCAAAAAAAGAAAUAGGCUAGAACAUGAAAGAUUGAAUGAUCUUGUGUUUGUGAAUUACAACUUGCGUUUGCUAAACAGGUCAAAAUUGAAGAAGGUGAGCUAUGAUCCUGUUGAUUAUGAAUCAAUUGAUAAGCUUGAGUAUUGGAUAGCUGAAGAAGUUCCAACUCCAAAUCCUGAUUUCACUAUUGAGGAAAUUCAAAAUGAAGAUUUUCUUGGUGGAAAUGCAUGUCCCUUUGGAUCUAGUCUUGAAUUAAGGGAAAAUGAAGGUUGCUCCUCUUCUUUUUACAUUAAAGCUUUGUUUGGUUUAUAG